AUGAAAAAGCAACUUCUUCUUAUACUUUUGGUGUGCUCACUUACUUUUGCUGCUUAUUAGGAUUGCUCUGGUUAGGUAAACAAUAAGCCUUUGUUAGAUAUACCGCCUAAGCUUCUUAAGACUGUCAAGAACGGAGAAAAAUAUUUAGUCUAAGAUGGAAAUAACACAGUUUAUAUCCUGAAUGUAUUUGGCUCUCCUUACCAAAUGGGUUAUGCCUCUGGUCUUCUCAUGGCCGAAGAGAUGAAGGAAAAUAUAUCAAACAUGUUUUAAUAUAUUGAAAAUGAAUUAAAAGAUGAGAUUCUCAGUAAUUUUAAAUUGCCAACAUUUGUUAUCAAGCUCAUAUAAAAGGCUAACGCCAUGCCAUUAAUAAGAGCAGCUUUACAAUGGAACUACCUUGUCACUCUUCCUUACACAAACAUAAGAUGGUAAGAAGAGUUUUAAGGUAUUUCAGAUGCUUCAGGAAUCAAAUUAAUGGAUCUUAUCCAUUUAAAUUUAUUCCCAGAACUCACUUAGGCUGCUUGCACUAUUGUUGGUGCUUGGAGUACAGCAUCAGUUGACAAUGUAAUUAGAUAACUCAGAGCCCUUGAUUGGAGUCCUGAUGCUCCUGUUAAUAGAUAUCCCUUGAUUACUGUUUACCAUUCUACUGAAAAGGGAAGUAAUGUGUUUGCAAAUAUUGGAUUUGCUGGAUUAAUUGGAUCCAUCACUGCUUUCAGUGCAAAUGGAAUAGCUAUGUCAGAAAAAGUGUGGCUACCUGGUAGCUCUGUUCCAUAUACCUACUAUGGAUAUCCAUGGAUGUAUGUAUUCAGAGAUACUGCACAAUUCUCUGAUAACUUGUAAGACGCAGUAAAGAGAAUUUACGAUGCCAAGCGUACCUAGAGAAUUCACAUAGGUAUUGGCUCUUUGUCUGACAACAGUUUCUUCGGUAUCGAAUAUUCUGAAAAAAUUAUUAAUAUUUAUAAUGACAAGAACUAUACUUACACUCCAGCUCAUCCUCAAAUGGACGGAAUUAUGUUUUGGGACAAGCAUGUUUAACCCUCUUAAAAUUAUUGCCUAGGUAGCAUCUUAGAAGAUGGAUAUGGUAAAAUUGAUACUGAAUUUUUAUUCAGAGUUGUUAGUGGAGUUCAUGAAACAGGAAAUGCUUAAGUUUGUGUUUUCGAUUUUGUAAACUAAGAAAUUUGGGUUUCAUACUCUUUUGGAGACAAUGAAAAUGCUUACGAUAGAAGCCCUAUCAGAAUAUAAUUCGGUGCUUUGUUUAAAGCUAAGUCUGCUUCUGAAUAAGGAGUUUAUUGA